AUGCCUUGGCCUAUGGUUAGUGAUUCUGUUGGAGCUCCUGCUUGGUCUGCACACCAGUUACCUUUUGCCCCAUUUACCUCUAGUGUAGCUUUGCCAGCCACUAUGGAACAUGAUUUAGAUACUGGGGCUAUUCCAGUACCUGGGGCAGGCAUGAAGUUAGAAGUGAAAACAUUUAACCAGAGGAGUCAUGAUUCUAAAGUACAUGCUAAGAUGCCAUAUCUCAUUUGUAGCACUUUGCAGGAGAGUGGCCUGCAUACAGCACGGUCUCCAGACAGGGGUGCUCUGGAGGACUUCUAUCUUAUGUCGCAAGACAAUGAAGAAAAUCUGAAGCACAUUUCUGCAUCUCCACUAGGUUUUAAUUCUCUAGUGUCUCCUUUAAGAAGCUCCCCGUCAGCACAACAGAAUCUUCAGAAUAUGGAACAAGAGCCAUUGCAUUCAAAUAAGGAGAAACAGAUUGUGAAAUCAACAUCCAUAAUACCUGUUUUUCAUGUACACUGUAAAGAAGAAGAAGAAGAACACAUUGAUUCAAAAUGCUUAGAGCCUCAACAUGGACCUGGCCCCUACCAUCCUGAUACUGUUGUACAGAAUACUUGUGAAGUUGCUCAGCUUCUUGAUGAAUCACUGGAGAUAUGCAGGAAGACAGACAGUGCAUUGGCUCUGGAUACUGCACUGCUGUUCGGUACAAAAAAGGAUAUCAAAGUCAAGAAUGUAGAUUCCUGGGUUAGUUUAGCUAAGAAGAGCACAGCUGUACCAUCCACAACAAAGUCGGCAAAUGACAGUUUCCAGCUGUUUCGAAAAGCAGCCAUAGAAAAAGAAGAGAGAGAGAAGGCAUUAAGAGCUCAAGAACAGAAACAAUUGCAAAAAGAGAAGAAUAUGAAUCCUGAUGCAAGGAAAAAAGAAAAUGAAAAUGCUUUGGAGUUAAAUCAGAUGACAAAGGAAGAGAUAGCUCAACGACAAGAAAAGCUUGAAAAUGAGAAGAAGCAACAAGAAACAGAGAGCAGCACACCAUUAUCAAAUGAUCAGGAGCGUCAGCUUGCAAGAAAGAGAGAACAAGAGAGGAGAAGGAGAGAAGCAUUUUCAGGUACUAUAGAUAUGACCAUGCAGAGUGAUAUCAUGUCAGCAUUUGAAGAAAAUCUCUGAAGCUUUCUGCUGUCCAUUUUGAAGAUCCAUCAGAGCACUCAACUUGUUUUGUUACAGUGGGUAUUUAAGCUUUUUUUCUGGGACCGAUUGAGGUACAUAACCAGGGAUAUUUAAUGAUAAUUGAACACUAUUGGACUCUUUCUAAGAAGAAGCAAUAUUAAAUAAGAAACUGCUUUCUCUGCUGCUGUGGAAAUUGUCUUGGUUAAUGACUUUUGUUAUAUUGUAAGCUAUUGUUUGACAUUCUGCAGAGGUAGUUCAAAGUCUACAAAAGAGGAGCAUUAUGUUUUGAUGAAUGAUAAAUUAGUAUAGUUAAAUAUAUUGCAUGCUAAUCUGUCAUUUUGAUAAAAUUGUGUAUUAAUCUUGGAAAAGCUGCAACUAUAAACUGCUUUGCCUUACUUAGUAAAUGCUAAUGUACACAAGAAUUGGUAAAACAGUCAGCUGACUGAUAGAACUGAUGUUUGAGUAAAAUACCACCUUUGUUUAACUCAUGCUUUUUCCUCUAUAUAUAAAAAUAUAACAUUUAUUUUUCUUCGGAGAUUGCUAAAUAUAUUUUCUGGACUCUGGUUGCUUCUGCAUAUAAUAUUUAUUUAUUUAUUGCAUACUUCCCCAUGUGCUUAGCUCAAGAAGACUUAAAAUAUAAAAUCACUGGAGUCUUAGAUAAAAUCAGACAGAUUAUAUAUGUGUGUGUGUGUGUGUGUGUGUGUACAUCCAUAUGACAUUUUUUCUUUGUUAUUUUCCAUUGUGUCGGCAUACUUGUUGCUUUCAUUGUGCAUUUUUUAUUAAUUUAUUGCCAAAUUAAUAACACUAUUUUGGCAUUAUGAAUAUUGUGAAAAAUAUCAGGACAAGAAGAUGACCUCCUUUAAUGGAUAGUAAUCAGAAGAACUAGAUAAGGGCUGAAAAACGGUGAUCUGAUCUCCAUUUAAGUAGAUUUGAAUAAGAGAAAUAGAAGCAGUGUAGCCAUAACAAUGUAGUUCUUUUCAUUUUUGCCUUUACUGAAAGUAUUCUUUUUAAGGCAGCCUGUAUGAUAUAGAACUUUCAACCAUAUGUAGAGUUCACAAAUUUCUUUUUGUUAUCCACAAAACUGACUUAGUUAUGGUUAUAUUCACUUUUAUUGUACUAUGCCGUUUUGGGAAAAAUGUUUAAAUCACCUGGUUCUCAAGAAAUGGAACCACAAAAACUAACAUGGGAUAUCAGCAAGGACUAUAAAAUUAUAUUUUUGAGUGGGAACAUUAUAUUUAAACAGUGAGAACAAUAUGUACACACGUGUGUUGGUGUGUGCUUCAUUUAAUUGAUGACUGUAUUUUUGAUAUCUUUUAUUUGUGGCUUCAGAUUUUCCUGAAAAAAUGUAUUUCAGCAUUAACUAGUUUUGUGUGUAAUGUACAUAUAACCCUGUGAAUGAUGAUGUUUGGACAACUGUGCUGUUUUUCUACAUGUUAGCAUUCCUUUCUGAAACAAAUAAUGUUACUGAGUGCUCGUUUUUUUGUAACAUUUGAACUUUUAUUGCAAUGUUUUAAAGUACUCAGGCUGUGAGAAAUACAGUGGGACAAUAAUUUGUAUCUCAUUAUUAUGGUUUGACCUAAAAAAAU